AUGGAACCAACAUCGGCCGAAGAGUACCGUAAGGAAGGGAAUACCAAGUUAAAGGCCAAGGACAUCCAAGGAGCCAUUGAUAGCUACACUCAUGCUAUCGAUAUGAAGCCUGAGGACCACCUAGCAUGGUCCAACCGAUCAGCGGCUUUCUCUGUCGAUGGCUCUUAUGACAAGGCCUUGGCUGAUGGUUUGAAGUGUGUCGAGUUGGCCCCUUUUUGGAGUAAGGGACACCAUCGGGUGGGCUCAGCAUUGCAGUCUAUGGGGAGGUACCAAGAGGCUAUUGACCAUCUCGAUGCAGCCAUCAAGACUUGUACUGAGGGGGACAUUGCCAAUCUAAAGGCCUUGAGGGAUGCUUGCAAGGGCCUAUCAGUUGAGAAGAGGCUCCUUGGGGCAUGGAAAGGAACUGUCACAGAGCAGCUUGGUGGAUACUCUCAAGUUAUGCAGUUUGAGGAGGGCCAUAAGAUGCAUGUGAUGGUCAUGGGCCAAUCUCAAGAGGCCAGCUAUAUGGUGGAUGCUGCUAGGGACCCCGCUCUUCUCAACAUCCAUCUUGCCAUCGAUGGUGACCAAGGGCCUAAUGUGCCAUAUAUCAUCCGCUUUACUGAUGAAACUACGCUCGAGAUGUGCUGUCCUUAUCUUACUCCCGAGAUUCCGACUAAGUUUGAAGGGCCGGGUCUGGUGACAAUGAAGAAGUUACCCGAUGGUGAGAAGGUUGAUGUCGAUGAAGGCAAGUGGGUGGACUCCCCGGAGUUGGAGGAGAUCAGAAAGCUCGAUGAGAGGACUAAGGUCCUUCGAUACAUGAGGGAAUUUAGUGAUAUCCUCAUAAAGGCUAAGGAGAACAACGAUGAUGAUGAUGGGGAGUUGCCUCCCACCAAAGGUGCUACGGAUGAGGAAAUAAGGGCCAACAAACAGGUGUUGAAGAUGAUGUCUGUGAAUGUGAAGGUAAAUGCGGUGGAGGCGCGGUAUGGAAGUCCAGUGGCACAAGCUGUGUUUUUGCUAGUGGCCCAGUGCCAAACUCCGAAGGAUCAUGAGUUGGAGAGUGCAUCGGAUGAGUUGCGGAAGCUGAUGUUGGAGGUUGGCCUCAUUGAUGAGGCUAGUCUAGAAGAGACCAGGAAGAAGUUUAGGGAGGCGAACAAGUUCAUGCAGGACCAGACAGCAGCUGCGGCAGGCGGUGUGCAGGGAGCUCCUCCUUCGGAUGGGCGUACCGAAGCCACUCGAGCUAGGCUCCAAAAGAAGCUCGAGAGCAGGCAGGCUGCAGAGAAGGCAGCUGCUACUGUGGAGGGGGCGGGGGGCAGCGCUAAUGGUAAGAAGGCUUCGAAAAAGAAGAGUAAUAAGAAGAAGUCAGACGUGAGCAAAGCCAGCGAGGGUAGUUCAGAAGAGGCGAAGGUGGGCAGUACACCUACGGAGGAAAUGCGUGGGGAAAACUCAAGUGAAGACGAGAAGGCAAGAGUGAACGAAGAAGGUAGUGGCAUCACUAUGGAGGACUCGAUGAGUUAUGAGAAGCUGUUGUCUGUCGGACUGGUGGUCGCCGCUGCUGCUGUCGGAGGUGUUAUACUGUAUCGCAAGUAUUUUAGUAAGAAGGAGUGAUUAGUUUCGUAUCUUGCACUCUUGCAUUUCCUCAACGCAACUGAGAAUCCUACCAACUACUGUUCCUUGUCGUAUA